UCCUGUGUAGCACUAAGCUAACAAGACAAACAAUAUCGAUUUACCUCCUUCGCCUUCGCGUAUUCCGAUAGGAGUCAGUCUCGCUCUAGCGGUCAGUGCAAGCCAGGGUGGCUACGGGAGUCCCACCUCUCUAUGUCGCCCUUUCCUCCCGCUCGGCUUGAGGCGCUGCUGCUGGUGCUGGCCGCACUGCUGAGGCUCGCGGUGGCCACCCUCUCGCCAACCCCUAGAGCGCCAUGCGUCACCGCCGGCUUCCUUUCCCACGUGCUAGCCGCGCACAAGCACGUCUUGCUAGCGCAGAUCGAACACCCUGUCCUCUGUCACGAGACGCUUGGAAAACUGCACGGCGUCCAGGCGACCACUAUCGAGAUGCAUCGCCACGGCAUCGCUGUGAAUAGGCCAGCAGUAAGUCUUCGCUACUGUGAUCAGCCCAUCGACGUAGUGGUGAUCCUCAUGGGGUCGCGCGACGAUGAGAUCGCUAUGGUACUGAGGACGCUCAAGCAUGUUAAGCGCAGCACCCCAGUGCUAGCAGUGUUAAGCGUGAAUUGCACAGACACGUCGACUAGCGACGCAGAGGGGGUCGUCCAAAGACUGAUCAACGAUAGGUGGUGGAAGAUCUCCGUCGCGCUGCAGCUCGUUAACGCCGAGGACAGCCCCGUGCCAGUGUACUCGUCUGCUCUCUCCCUGCUCCCCGGGGUCAGCUGCUCCAAGAACUGGUCGCCCACGGCCCUAGAGUUUGUGUGGACGCCGGGAAGCACGUUGCCGCUGCAGGCCCUGGAGAAGUCCCCGCCCCUCACGAAUCUGCGUGGGUGCGUCGUCAACGUGGCGUACGGAUUCUCUCCACCAUUUGUGUUCUGGACCGCAGAAUUUGGAUUGUUCGGAGUAGACUUCGACUUGGCGGAGUUCUUCGCCUACGGCAGCAACGCAAGCAUUCAAAUAAUCCAUAACUUGGAUCAUUCCACGGGGCACACCGAUCACUUAAAAGAAAGUUGACCAAUACGUACUAUGAUUCGCUUUCAGUGUAUUGUGUGUGUCAUUCAAGGUUAGACUUUCCCGCCCUUUUGCUGAAUUUUUACUAAAUAAAUAUCAGAUUGUCAAUAAUUAAUGUUAAAUAAAAAAGAAUUUCUUUUCUAAAGACAAAGUCAGUAUUCCUGCUUACAAAAUUCACAAAUAACUGACCAAUGGCGGCAUGAAACCAGUAUGAUGCCACCGGUAGCGACGCCAUAGAUUCAAUGUAGUGGCGAGAAACUCCCACCUUGAAUAAUAUGAAACUUUGCUGGAAGUCUUACUGUCAGUUUACUGUCAUUUAGGCAAUUGAUUUGCUGGAGACCGGGGGUGCUGAGAUGGUGGUCGGUGGUCAGUAUCCGCUCCCGAGUGAGACCGGACAGUAUACCUUCACCAGCCCGUACGCUUUCAACUCGGUCGAGUUCUACACACUUCGGACCCAUGUGCUGCCUAGGUGGCAAUACCCCUUCAGAGUGAUAUCUCUUAAGGUGUGGGCGGGCCUUAUAAGUCUUGCGGUUGUGGUAGUGAAGGCCAUGAACCACGCCAACGGCAGAGGUUUCGUGGCCAACGCUAUGACCGUAGUAGGUGUGUUUUUGGAGGGCAACCCCGCGCCCCGCACGACAUCCGGUCACACCGCCUUCUGUAUCUUCCUGUGGUCGCUCUUUUGUCUACACUUCACUCCAGCCUAUCGAGCAGCUCUAGCCACAGCAAACGUCCAUGCUUUGCACGAACCGAGACUGUCCGAACUGAACCAU